AUGACUCUACCACGCUUCGCUGGCGUGCGUGCCUUUCGUCAUCUGCGGAGCACAGGCACCCGAAUGAUCCCGGCAUGCGAGAAUAUCCCCGCUCGGUCAGCCACGUCCACCGUCUACACGCGCACGCCGAUGACGACGGCAUGGCGCGCACCCAUACCAUCCUCUCCGAUCCUGUCCAUGACGCGGCCGAUGCUGUGGAAUAAAAACGCGGGCGCUAGCCCCUCCCAGAUACCCCUCGGUGGCGUGCGAUUCACGACGUACGGCUCCGAGUACCAGCCUUCACAGCGCAAACGCAAGCGCAAGCACGGCUUCCUCGCUCGCUUGAGGUCCCGCACAGGCAAAAAGAUCCUCAUUCGACGUCGCGCCAAGGGCAAGACGGCGAUUUCGCACUAG